GUGACUUUUGGCUACCCUGAGAUAACUUAUGGAGAUGUUCAAUUGUCCAUCCUGCCAGCACCCCCUGUGGGAGCCUGUGACUGUACCCUGUGGUCACACUUUUUGUAAGAGAUGCCUGCAAGGACCAACUAGGGGCAAGUGUCAUGUCUGCAAACACAAGCUGAAGAUCAGAGGUGACCAGAAUCUGAGAUGUAACACUCUGCUGUCUGAUCUCCUGGACAAGUGCCUGGACCCACCAACCAAAGUCAACAGGAUCACAAGGGACCUGCAGGAUCUGAUCACCCAGCACAAGUAUGAUGAGGCCGAGAAGGUAGCCUGCAAGGCUGUUGCCAUGGCUCCUCAGGAUGUUCCUUUGAGAGUACUUCGAUCCCAGGUUUAUGUGCAUUUGAAACAGUUUCCGGAAUCUUUGCGGGAAGCAGAAGUGAUCUGUAAUUUGCAGCCACAGGACCCAGAUGGUUUCUACAGAAAAGGAGUGGCUUUACUCAAUAUGGAAAAGAAAGAAGAGGCUCUCAUUAAUUUCCAGCAUUGCAUGAAACUGAACCCACAAUUCUUUGAAGCCCAUCAGGAAAUUGAGCAGUUGCUGAAAGAUUUUGGUCGUCCUGUGCCUCCUCUUCUGACUGAUCUACUGGAUGAUCUGUCUCAAAACCUGAAGUUGUCCUCUGUAGACUCUACUGCUCUCGUAUUCCCCCUUCAUGCCAGCAGUAUCAAUGUGAAGCUUGAAGGCAAUACGAAGACCUCCCUCACAGAGCCCUGUAGUAAUGGAAUGACAAAGUCUGCUGACAUAAACCAAGAACAGAGAAAGAGGAAGGAGCCAGAUGAAUUGUCACCACCAGACAAGGACAGACUAAGUAAGCAUUUCAAAUUAAAAGACACUUCGGAAGAAGAUGGUACUCAGAAAAUCGGCCCCAGUUCAUCCCUGAAAGAUCUGCUGAGCCUUUCUGAUGUGGAAUGUUCCCUGUGCAUUCGGAUGUUCUUGGAGCCGGUAACCACUCCUUGUGGUCACAACUUCUGCAAGGAGUGCCUGUUACGCUGCCUGGACCACCAGCCUUACUGCCCAUUGUGCAAGCAGAGCUUACGAGAGUACCUGAGGGUUGGCUGUUAUGAUGUCACUGCUCUUCUGGUGGACCUCAUGGAAGCCAUAUUUCCUUCAGAGGUGGCUGACAGGAAGCAGGUUCGUCUUACGGAGAUUGCUGAGAUGUCCAACCUGGUUAGCAAUGUGCCAAUCUUUGUUUGCACCGUGGCCUUUCCAGGCGUGCCCUGUCCUCUACAUGUUUUUGAACCACGUUAUCGUCUCAUGAUGCGUCGCUGCCUUGAAACUGGGACCAAAAGCUUUGGCAUGUGCCUUUAUGAGAGUGGGAAGAGCUUUGCAGACUAUGGCUGUAUGUUGGAGAUCUUGCACUUGGACUAUUUGCCCGACGGCCGGUCACUGGUGGAGACAGUUGGCAGGAGACGUUUCCGUGUGCUGCAGAGAGGCCAGUUGGAUGGUUAUCACAAAGCGGAGAUAGAGUACCUGUCGGACAAGAAGGUGGAGGGAGAAGAGCUGGAGGAGUUACAGAGAUUACAUGACAUGGUAUACCAGCAGCUGGAGGAAUGCUUCUCACAGCAGAGAGGGAGUUCUCCUCGAGGUAUCUUCAUGAAUCACACCAGCCCACCUCCGAAAGACGACAACAUACAGGCGUCUCCAGAUGGUCCAUUCUGGUGUUGGUGGCUCUUGUCCGUCUUGCCUUUGGAUCCGGCAUAUCAGAUGCUAAUUCUUUCCAUGACUUCAUUAAAGGAGAGGCUUUUCCAUCUGAAGCACAUUUUGUCAGUCUUCCUCCAGAGUCCCUCCUAGGCUCAUCAAGGCUUCUACACCAUAAUGAGUAUAAUUUAAGGAGACACAAAGCACAGGAUUUAAAAGUUCUGCACUGUCCGUCCAUAAGGGAUUAACUCUGCUCAUUUAACAUUGCUGCUUUGAUUGACUCUUCAAUGCAUGGAGUCAAGCUAUCCCUAGCACAAGAACAAUGUGUCUUCACUGGAACCUUAAUGGUCACCGCAAAUGUACUACACCUAAACCUUUGGCUCAGUGCCCUUAGAUAAUGGAAUGUAUUGAUUC